CGCGGCGACGGCACGACACCGCUCCCCGCUCAGCAGACGAAGGGCAGAGCGCCGUCGAGAGGGUCCUCGUCCUCUCUCCCCUCGCGCUGUUUUGCUUUACGAUCUGUGAAGAAAAAAUAAAUCCAGAUAAUCCAGUGAUGGAAACAGUGACAUCUCCUUGAGGAAUUUUCGAUAAAAAAAAGUUAUGCAUGCGUCUGUGUGUGAUCGAGUGUCUGUCUAACAUGGUCAAGAGUCUGAGCCCUUUGACGUGAUAUCUCUGUCGAUACUUUUUGGUCGUGAUGGUCGCAGCGGCCCCCAGCCAGUCCCUUCGUCAAGUGUAGUGAGGAUCCGCGCCCUCGCCAUGGCGCCGUUGCCCUGCAGUGCCUCCAUCCGCCGCCGCCGCCGGUGGCACGGCCUGCCCCAAGUGGUGGCGGUGACGGCCUUCACCAUGGCCUUCGUCGGAGUGGCCAUGCUGCUGCAGGACACGUCCCCCGUGCACCACAUGGCCCUGCGCUCGGCCCCGCACAGCCCGGGCCGCACCCUCCUGGAGGCCACCACGGAGAUGAUGCUGGAGGAGGAGGACGAGACCGCGUCACCCACGGAGGUCAGCAACGAGACGAAGCCCGAGCAGAAGGCGACGCCGCUGUUCCCGCCCGACCUGUUCACCAAGGAGCAGCGAAAGAAGGGCGCCAUCCUGCUGCACGUGCUCGGCAUGAUCUACAUGUUCGUCGCGCUGGCCAUCGUGUGCGACGAGUUCUUCGUGCCUGCGCUCGACGUGAUCAUCGAGAAGCUGCAGAUCUCAGAGGACGUGGCGGGCGCCACCUUCAUGGCCGCGGGGGGCUCCGCGCCCGAGCUGUUCACCUCCGUGAUCGGCGUGUUCAUCAGCUUCGACGACGUGGGCAUCGGCACGAUCGUGGGCUCGGCCGUGUUCAACAUCCUGUUCGUGAUCGCCAUGUGUGUGUUGUUUUCCAAGACUGUGCUGGACCUGACUUGGUGGCCGCUGUUCCGUGACGUUAGCUUCUAUAGCGUAGCGCUACUCAUGUUAGUUGUGUUCUUUAUGGACAAUAAAGUGUAUUGGUACGAAGCCCUCAUCCUGUUCGCGAUAUAUAUCCUCUACUGUUCUUUUAUGAAGUGCAACGAGGGCGUGGAGCGACGAGUGAAGCAGGCCCUGAACCGGAACAAGGUGACUCGAGUGUGCUCCACCGAUCAGCUGGUGCCAAAUCACCAAAACGCGGCUCAGACCUUGCACGCGGCGGGACCCCAACCUGCCCAGUCUGGCGGACGUCGACCCAGCGCCCCCGUGCUCCACUCGGGCACCAAGUUCCGCCACGGCCUCCUCCAGCUGAUGAUCCACACCAUCGACCCGCUGCACGAUGGCAAGGUGGACGAGAAGGCGACGCAGCUGCACGCCAUCGCCUCGCUGAAGGUGCUGCUGGACGCCACCAAGCCCCAGAACGGCCGCGUGGAGACGUACCGCUCGGACGGCCUGGCCCCCGACCCUCGCCCUGACAAUCAGUCGCACGUAAGUGGCCGCUCGUCGCAGGGCACCGAGGUGACGCACGUCGACUCGCUGGGCUCUUCGGACGCGGCCUCGCAGAGCGGCCCGCACACCAACGGCGACCUGCAGUCCGAGAGCAACUCCGUGGCGAACAAUGUGAGUUAUGGCACCAACUCUGUGCGCAAGAUUCCCAAUAAGGCCCCCCAGAACGGCGACAACAACGGCGUGACCCCGGCGCUGCACGCCGCGGCCCCCGAGGCGACGGACCCCGAGGCCGUCGUCACCACCCCGGCGGCUGACACCGACGACGAUGAUGAGAACAAGCCGAUUGACCUGAGUUGGCCCAGCGGUUUCCGGAAGCGAGUGACCUACAUCAUCGUGGCUCCUCUUAUCAUACCCCUGUGGCUCACCCUGCCAGACACCCGCACGCCCAGAGGGAAGAAAUUCUUCUUCGUGACUUUCCUCGGCAGCAUCAUUUGGAUCGCCUUCUUCUCGUACCUGAUGGUGUGGUGGGCCGGGCUGGUCGGCGAGGCCAUCUCCAUUCCUCCUGAGGUAAUGGGCCUCACAGUCCUGGCUGCAGGUACCUCCGUCCCAGACCUGAUCACCUCUGUCAUCGUGGCCAGGAAGGGUUUUGGGGACAUGGCAGUGUCCUCUUCUGUAGGCAGUAAUCUCUUUGAUGUGACGUGCGGCCUGCCUAUCCCAUGGCUGUUGUAUGCCUUAGUUCAAGUGAUCCAAAAUUAUGCGAAUGAAAGGCCAAACCCAUGGUCGGUGGAUCCCAUUUUCGUAAACUCAGAGGGCAUGGCAUGCUCCAUUCUGCUGCUCUUCACCAUGCUCAUGUUCGUCAUUAUCUCCAUUGCUUGUUCCAAGUGGAAGAUGGCCAAAGGUCUUGGCUUUGGAAUGUUCUUCCUCUACUUUGUAUUUGUUGGAGUCUCUCUCAGCUUCGAGUAUGAUGUCAUCGCAUGCAUAAUCUGAGAUGCCUGGGGCCAAAUUUUCUACCACUGUGCAAGUGCA